AUCCGGAAGCGGAGGUGAUCGCACUGUCGCCCAAAACCCUAAUGACGGCGAAUAGGUUUGUGUGCGAGAUCUGCAACAAGGGUUUCCAGAGGGAUCAGAAUCUUCAGUUGCACAGGAGGGGCCACAAUCUGCCGUGGAAGCUGAAGCAGCGAAGCACGAAGGAGGCUCGCAAGAGGGCGUAUGUCUGCCCGGAGCCUUCGUGCCUCCACCACCACCCGUCCCGUGCGCUGGGGGACCUCACGGGGAUCAAGAAGCACUACUGCCGGAAGCACGGCGAGAAGAAAUGGAAGUGCGAGAAGUGCGAGAAGAUCUACGCCGUGCAGUCGGAUUGGAAAGCUCACUCGAAGAUCUGCGGGACUCGAGAGUAUCGAUGUGAAUGUGGAAACCUCUUCUCUAGGUAUCUUUCCAUACCUCAAGAGAUCUUGCCAUAUCUUAUUUUAGUUAAUAUUCAAAAAUCAAUGUGA